UGCAAUAACCUCCAGCUUUCUUUAUCAGAGAAGGACACGCACAAGCCACAGUUAGCUUCUGGAGGUGGCAGUCAAUCUUCCCUUCCGCCCGAUACCAUAGACGCGAACACUUUAAAUAUGAAAAAGAAGCUUAAGAGAGCUAGCAGGCCCAAGUCGAGAAGCGGCUGCAGAACCUGCAAAAUCAGAAGGGUAAAAUGCGACGAGUCAAGACCUCAAUGCGAGCGUUGCAUCAAAUUUGGGACGACUUGCGAUUGAUACCCAACUGACUCCCCAUCUUUUGCUUCAGUCCAUCGAAAUCUAAUACCCAAGGGCCUCGACCAUUACCUUCCUUUCAUCCCGGUACAUCCCAUCAACACGACGCUUCAC